AUGGACUCGCACAACGCCACUUCCUCAUUGUUUGAUCCCACCCAAGCUUCCAUCUCUUCGUCCUCCUCUUCGUCUGCUCAUCUCAUCCCGCCUCACGUCAGAGCUGCUAUGACCAACGACUGGUCAUCUGCUUCUCCAGCCUCUUCCUUCUUGACCUCCAACAACCAAGCUUUUGGCGGUCAAGACCAAGCAGCGAUGGCAGCAGCUGUCGCCUCGAGAGGCGCAAUGCGGGUUGGCUACGCCACGCGUUGCGCCACUGGUUCUCAGCAGGUCAUGAAUGGUACAACGCUCUUUGCCAACGGCCCUACCGGCAAUAUGGGCAAUGGCAGCAACAUCAAUGGUGUCAUCCGCAAGAAGCGUCGUCGCUAUGGACCCAAGCCGGAACCUCCGUACACUUGCUUCUGCGGCAAGGUUUUCAAGCGCCACGAGCACAUGCUUCGUCAUCGAGCCACGCACGACGACUCGAUCAAGUACGAGUGUCACAUCUGUGGCAAGUGCUUUCGACGUCAAGAUGUAAUGCACCGUCAUACCAUGACACAUACCAGUCGCAGUCGUCUGCAGAGCAAGAUGCGCACCACUGCUUCUGGCGCUUCUUCGUCCAGCAACAAUGCAAGCCACGCUGGCGCACAGAGGAGAGAGGUCGAUGGAAGCAAGCUGGAAGGUGGCGUUCGAAAGCGCGAGCAGGAGCACGGCGCUUAUCACCCACAGCAUCACCUCGGCGGUCAUUACGCCGAUAUGAACCAACAAGGCAUGCUCGAAGACCCACUCUUGCGGGUGGGACUCACCGAGUAUCCAGCGACCCCCACCUCGGUACGCCACAAUGAGGAUCACCACAUUGCAGCUGCUCAGCUAUAUAGCGCUUGCAAUGCACCUCGCUACAUUUAUCCUUCGUCCUACCCUGCCGGCAUGCAGGGUGGCGGCGAGAUGGGCGAGAUGGGUUAUCCGCCUCGAUGGCCUGAGCCAGGAACGGCGGCAGACUAUCACAACAGGAUGGGCUCGUCAUCGAUGUCUCCGCCUCCGUCGUUCUUUCCUUCACCAGCUGCCGGCUUUGCACCGGUUGCAUUCGAGCCAGGCCACUUUGGCGUCCCACUGUCUCGGUCUGCUUUCGGCACGUCGACAUUGCCUCCUGGUGUCGAGUACGAGAGCAAGGUGCAUGCAGGUCACGAUGCGGCGCCUUAUGCGCAGAGUUGGCACGGUGGAUGUUCAGUUGCGACCCAUGGUUCGAUGCAUAUGGGAGCUUCCGCUUCCGAGUGUGAGUGGAGCGAGCAAAGUCCUUCAGUCCCUAGUACGCACGCAUUUGCCUCUCCUGCUUGGAGUCAGAGGGCGGAGCUGAUGAGGCGAGAAGGUGGUGGAGGCUCUUCGAACAGCACGCCAUCAGGCUUGUCUAACCGGCAGCUCUCGAUGGAUCCCAACGGCGCACGCUGGCAAGAACACCAUCAGCCGCAGCAGUAUCAGCAUGGCUUGCCACUCCUCAAUGGCGGAGGAGGAGGCGAUGCGGGAUAUCCGACACAUCACCGCAGUCCGAAUGACGAGCCUCGACGACGCCUAUCGACCAUGCACAUGCAAGACGCUUACCCUGCUGAAGGUCACGAUGGCAAAGCUGAGCCACACGGCGAGCCGAACGGUAUUGGUCUCGGUCUGUUUGACCAGUCGCACGGCAACGAGUUAAGCUGCAACGGUGCGCUGCCUCCAAUUGCCUUCAGCAACAGCAACCAUUCAAGAGCGGAUGAAAGCGGCGACAGCGACCGACUGCCGCACCAUCCCUCGCCGCACGCCGGUGAUAGCAACCUCUUUUCAUCGCCGUCGCAUUACCUCGGUGCAGGUAUGAGCUCGAUGCAAGUAUCGCAGAAUUCGACGAAUCAUCACUCUUCUUCGUACGCUAGCGAGAGCAAGACCAGCUUAGUCCCGAUGCCGAAUGCAAGCGAGACGUUCGACACUGGCUCUCCGCUGACCGAGGUGACUGGCAAUGCCUCUCCUCGUAGCCACGCUUAUGGAAGCGGCAUUGGUAGUGCGGAGCGCGUGUCGAUGCGUAGAGAGACGACAAGGAGAGAGCUCGACGAAAAGCACGUUGAUGGGCACCUCUCCGAUGGAGGGAACGGAUAUGCUUCGAGCACUUCGACUGUCGGCGGUGAUCGUGGACUUAGCAGCAGACGAAGCUGGUAG